AUGCAACCCACCACAAUCAUCGUUCUGGCUUGCCUGGUGGCAGUAGUAGCAGCGAACACACAAUACCAGUACCCCAUCGAAGAUUCCAACCUACAGGAAAGUCAAGUCUAUGAAUCAAUCAAUGACACACCAGUACACGAGUCCAGUUCAAGAACGAAGAGAGGAUUACUUCUCUUGAAGAAGAAACUCCUACUGGGAGCUCUUGGACUGAAAGCAGCGAAGGUGGGCGCUGUUGGAGCUGGUGUGGCCGGCGCCAUCGCCCUGAAGAAACACUGGUCCGGUUAA